GAGAGAGAGAGAGAGAACAUACACACAGACAGAACAGCAUCUGGUAACAUCUGAAACCGGGCUGCAUGAAACAGUAGGUCAUGUUGAUUUUGACCAUGCAAAAAUUCAUACUCAACAGCCAGAAAUGAAGGAAACCAGCACGAGAUUUGAUCUGCAAGGCUGAAGAUAUUCGAUGUAGGUCUGUGAUUGAAAGCACCAUUAUGCUCCCUUAAUUAUUGAACUGUUGACCUUCACAAUUGCCUCACUGUUCUAUGUCACUUCUCCUGUCCCCUGUAAUGGCCUCCGCCUCUUCAGUGAUUCGGUGCUGUUUGGGACGAAGGGAGCAGUUGUUCUGAGGAUGUAAGGUACCUAUGCGGAGUCCUCCAAUUGAGUUUCCAUGCAAGGGGAAGAGAUGUUCUUUCCCCAACCAACCAAGGCUCGUGCCCGGCAAUCUCGGGCACUCUCAAGCCAGUAACUCACUCCCCCAACACGUGGGUGCCGUUGUCCUGUGCGUGAGGAACUGCAAGGGAGGGAGGAUCCCACUUUAAGGGGUACAGGACAUGCAGUCGGACGAUUUUUUCUACAGGAAGUUCAAGAGGAACAACCACCGGCCUUUGCUGUCGGCAGUGAACUUUGAAACCAAGGCAACUAGGUCAACUCCUGAGCCUGUCGGGACGACAGUGCGGGCCAGGAUUUCAGAAUGGCCACCCCGGCGGGAGUCGCUGGAGGAUGGGGCUGCGAGGAAUCAUGGCAGUGAAGAUAAAGGGCCCUGUCGACCCCUUGACGAGGCUACUGGCACCAAGGGCAACAUGAAGGAGGAGACGCAGGAGUGUGAGACUGUGCAGCUGGUGGCCAAGAUGACAGCACAGGGACGCAACCCGGUGAUCCAGCGCAGCAACAGUGAGGUGACCAUCACGGAUAGCAGCUGCAGCCAGGACUCAGACCAGCGGGCUGCUCACCCUUCCCCUGGGGCAGCCCUCCACCGGGACUACGGUAGUGCCUCCUCUAUUGAGCGUCAGCAGUCGCGGGAUGGAGAAGGUGAAGCCAAUCGGUCAGGGUCAGAGGUCACCAGUGCCGCUCGAUUCCAAGACCCCUACUUGCUGCUGGGCCUGACAGAGAGCCCUGGUGCCGAGGAGAAAGCAGCAAAGUGGAGGCCAAAGCUUGCGGUGGAGCCACCCGCUGAGGCCUCAGUGUUCCGAAAGCUCAAGACCCAGAAAAGUGACCCAGAGAGCCCAAGGUCACCACCCCCAGCAUCAGCACUGGUGCCGAGCCAGAACGACACUUGCCAACCCUGGGCCAGUGCCAGGAACGUGGUCCACUAUGACGUGCAGAGCAUCCUGUUUGACCUGCACCGCGCUGUCUCCAACCGUGACAGCACUGGGCGGCGCAAGAACAUCAUCACCGGCGCCUCUGCCGCUUCCCAGCUGCCCGCACAGCCUACCUCGCCCAGCAACAGCGGCAGCACCGAGGAGCUCCACCAGUUGUUGGCCAAAGGGGUCGUGCCAACAGCGGCCGGUGGUAGCACCGGAGGAGACCAGGGUGAUGGCAAGGACACCCAGCUGGUCCUAAGCUGCCCACAUUUCCGCAAUGAGGUGGGUGGCGAGGUGGAGCCACAGAAUGCCAGCCAGUGCCCCAAUGCUGCUGUGUCUGUGCUGGAGGAACCCCGGGAGAGCUAUCUGGCUCGGCAAGGGACGGCUGCUUACUUCAUCGAGCAUGCAGACCUGGGCGCCAACUAUUACCGAAAGUAUUUCAGCGGCAAAGAACAUCAGAACUUCUUUGGAACAGACGAGACCCUUGGGCCAGUAGCAGUGAGCCUCAGGCGAGAGGACAAAGACAAGGAUGCAGGGAGCAGCUCGCAGUAUUACUACAGGAUCAUUGUCAGGACCACAGAGCUGCGGACUCUCCGUGCGUCAAUCCUGGAGGAGUCAUUUCCCUCAUCCGUCCGUCAUGGCACGCAGAGGGGGAUUUCGCCAAAGAAACUUCUGGAAUAUGUGGUACCAGGGCUGAACGUCCAGUGUCUCCGUUUGGCAUCCAGUUCUCCCAAAGUGCCGGAAAUGCUGCUGAAGUUAGACGAACAAGGGUUAUCCUUUCAGCGGAAAGUGGGGAUCAUGUACUGUAAAGCGGGACAGAGCACAGAGGAGGAGAUGUACAACAAUGAAACUGCUGGCCCGGCCUUUGACGAGUUCCUCGACCUCCUGGGCCAGAGGGUGAAACUGAAGGGCUUUGAGAAAUAUCGAGCUCAGCUGGAUAACAAGACGGACUCCACAGGCACUCAUUCGCUCUAUACCACGUAUCAGGAGUACGAGAUUAUGUUCCACGUGUCAACUAUGCUUCCCUACACUGCCAAUAAUAGCCAACAGCUUCUAAGAAAGCGUCACAUUGGCAAUGAUAUAGUCACCAUCGUCUUCCAGGAGCCCAGAGCUGGCCCGUUCACACCAAAAACAAUCCGAUCGCACUUCCAACAUGUCUUCCUAGUAGUACAAGUUCACAAUCCCUGCACCGAGGAGGUGUCAUACAGUGUUGCGGUCACCCGAUCGAAGGAUAUUCCUGAGUUUGGGCCCUUUUUCCAGAAGGGGGUGACUUUCCCUAAAUCGGCCAACUUCCGGGAUUUUUUGCUUGCCAAAGUGGUCAAUGCUGAGAAUGCAGCAGAGAAGUCAGAAAAGUUCCAUGCCAUGGCCACCAGAACACGGCAGGAGUACCUCAAGGACCUAGCGGAUAACUAUGUUACCACAGCUACUCUGGACUCCUCCUCGUCCAAACUGGCAGCCAUCAUCUCGCUGCCUACCAAGAAGAAGGAGAAGCAGAAGUUAAACCGAGCCCCCGAGAUGCAUAGUGCCGGUGCUCUAGUGUGGAGUGUUACUGCCCGCCUGGCACAUGCCCCUGAGGAAGCUGAGUGCAUCCUGGGAAUCUCCAAUGAGUUUGUCGUGCUGCUUGAUCAGAAGUUGCGAAUGGUUGUGUGGAAUUGCUCCUGCCGGGAUGUGAUUGGUUGGACCUUGUCUCCGGGGACCAUUAUAAUUUAUUAUGAGCGAGGAGAAUUCGCAGUGGUUAAGACUUUGGAAAGCCAGCCAGAUGACAUCACUGAAAUUGUUCAGCGGCUGGAGGUCGUAACCACAGGAUGUGAAACGGAAGAGCUUGUCCUCCUCAGGAACAGUGUCCACCAUCUGGGCUUUCAAACCAAUGGAGAAGGAAUUGUGACCCAGGUGGAGAAGAAAGGCUACGCUGAUCUGAAGGGCCUAAAGCUUCACAGCCGGUUGGUCAGGAUCUGUGAGAUUCCGGUGGUGUCCCUGUCAUUCAAGGAGAGGGCAGAGUGUCUGAGGAAGGCCAACAGCGUGAGGAUAACCGUCAUCCCACCUGACAACAAGGGCAAGCCAAGAAUGAGUUUUUCUGAGCUGUACCGAAAGUCAAUCGAAGAGACCGAGCGAAAGGGUGACAGAGUGACAGACUCAGGCCUGGGGUCUCCUUGCUUGCGAUUCCUAAGGACGUCCUCACUCCAAGAAACCCGCAAUAUCAGUUCAGAAGGGGACCAGUGCCUGACAAUGCGUAGCUGCUCUCUGGAGAAGACGUCUGUCCAAAGCCAGAGGACCAAGGAGGACACUGACUUCAGUUCGCUAAAGACAUCACCUCCUGAUCUCAUCUUGGCUGCAAACUCUCAGCAUCUGCUGCCUUCUGGAAACCUGCAGCCAGAUCCAGGUGACACCCAGGCUGCUAUUCUCCAACACACUCUCUCUGGGACCAACUCUGCAGAGAUUUUCUCCAGUUGUUCCAGCGGCUCUGAUCCUGACCUUCAGAACCCCCAACAGGCCCUUCGGACAGAAUCCAUAUUGAGCGAUUCACCUGCUGGUUCCAACCAAAACUUGCCACCUGGCCUCAAAUUAGAUGAUACUGUGACCUCUGAUAACUCCAACACUGAGUGGCAGUCACUGGCAGACAUAGCUUCAUACUGUGAUAGCCUGGUACAGUCUCUUUCCUUGGAAGAUGAGAGCACAGUGGAGCCAUCCAGAGCAGAUGACAAGGUUGAUUUAAUGGAAACGGGCAGACCAAGUCAAUCCUCAGGCCUCAAUGAGAAAGUGGUUCAUUUGGAAGCUAUUGUCAAGCAACUGCGUGAGAAGUUGAUCAAGGAGCAAGAGGACAAGGCUUUGCUGGAGACUGAGGUGGAGCAGCUGCGGCAGAACAACCAGCGUCUUCAUCUGGAGUCACAGACCACGGUGUGCCACCUCUUAAAAGUAACUGAAUUACUGUGCCGUACUGCCCCAAAGCCUUCAUAGUGUGCAUUAAGUAGGAGGGAGUGAGAAUUCGCUGGUUCUCUGUACCUGGGUGGGACCUGCCUCUCAGUGGCGAGAAAGGCCAGCAAGUUGUAUCUGGCACUGACUCGUUUUUCUCUGGAAUCUUUCGGCACUGGGCUGCUGCUCUGUCAGAGUUCCUUUUUUUUGUGUUGUGUUAUUCUUUCUACUGUGGUUUAGUGCUUCUAGCAUCAUAACACUGACAGCACGUUGUGUACAUACAUAUUUCAGGGAGUACACUUUUUGCCUCCUUUGGUGCUCUGCUAACUUUGGGAACAUUUUCGCCAUCACUGUAUGGGAACAGGAGUUGACCGUUUGGUCUAGCUGGUCUAUGCUCUUCAUGAGCCUCCUCCCAUCUGUCUCCCCCAUUUCCACCUCACCCUGUCAGCGUGACCUUGGCAGCUUUUUUAACUGACGUUUCCCUUAAUAAUUACAAAAUAUGACUUUUUUUUAAGCUUUAUGGAGUCCAACCAGAGAACAUGGGGCUUGUAAAUGUUAAAGCUCACAGAGGCCAAUGGUGUCAAUUUCACCUACACCCUCACCUGGACUUUGCUGCAUGCUGUGGGUUGGGUUGUGGUGGGGUUGGUGUGAUAGCACAUGGAAUCAAUGUGUGGUUAGCAUGUGCACCAUCUACUGUUUGGCAGUGUGAAGAAAGUGUGCAAUUCAAUAUGGCAGAAGGGAUGCAGAGAUGCUGGUUUGACCUUGUCGAUGAAUCCAUGCCUUCCAGCCUCUCAGCCCUCCAGUGGCCAGGAGAUGAAAGACAGCAAGUGUCACCAUUCACAAGGUGAUCAGCCUGGGUAGACCCUUCGAAAAGGACCUGGGUUUUCCUUAGCACUUGUGCUGCAUCACGUCAUAUCAAAUUAAUGUGGAAAAUUACGCUGAGUUUUCCCAUAGCUUAUGUAAUACAUUCCAAAGCCAAACAGAAAAAAUCUUUAAAUAAAUGAUAAUCUUUUUAAUGUC